CCUGUGAUGCAAUCGAAGAGGGCAACUGGAGCAGCAGCAGCAGCGGGAAAAGAGCCCCGAGCGAAGCUUCCUCCGAAGCGGAGCUGCUGCAACGUGUCCCGCCAGCGGCGCCUUCGCCUCCGGAUCAUCCGCCUUUUUGGACUCCGGAGAGAGAGAGAGAGAGAGAAGGAGAGCGGGCUCGGGCAGCAGCGCCUGCAUCCGCCAAGGACAGACAGCCAGACCCUUCUCGCCCUCCCUCCCUCCCUACACACAGGCACAAGCAUCGCCAACCGGAUUCCUUUAUAUAGAGAUAUAUAUUUGGAGAUUUGGGAGUGGAUCUGCCUGGCAUGAUGAAGGGCUGCCAAAAUGACUGUGCAGCUGGAUGUAUGGGGGCAGCCGCAAAACACGUGACCGAGUCUUUCAAGGCUGCUGAUCUGAUAAUCAACCCAUCCACCACUUUGAAAGAAAAACCAGACCCAAAUGGCUUGGUUUUUGGAACUGUUUUCACAGAUAACAUGUUAUUCAUAGAGUGGUCGCUGACGUCCGGGUGGGAGGCCCCUCAUAUCAAGCCGUUGGAGAACCUGUCUCUACAUCCUGCUGUAUCAGCUUUUCACUAUGCUGUAGAACCAAGAGGACUGACAGAGGCGAAACUGCUCCAAAUGCUUUGGCUCAAUGAAUACACACUAUUUGAAGGCAUGAAGGCAUACCGAGGAGUAGAUGGGAAAAUCCGCUUCUUCCGACCAAGUCUCAAUAUGGACAGGAUGUUGCGGUCAGCUGUCCGAGCCACUUUGCCGGGAUUUGACAAAGAAGAGCUUUUGGAGUGCAUCCGGAAACUAGUGGAAGUUGAAAAGGAGUGGGUGCCGUAUUCCACCUCUGCUAGCUUGUAUAUUCGCCCUACCUUAAUUGGGACAGAGCCCUCCCUUGGAGUCAAGAAGCCUUCAAAGGCCAUUCUCUAUGUCAUAUUGAGCCCUGUUGGUCCGUACUUCUCAAGUGGGACUUUCAGCCCCAUAUCCUUGUGGGCAGAUCCAAAAUAUGUCCGAGCCUGGAAAGGAGGAACUGGGGACUGCAAACUGGGAGGGAACUACGGGUCUUCUAUUUAUGCCCAGCGUGAAGCUAUGGAAUUAGGAUGCCAGCAGGUUCUCUGGCUUUAUGGAGACGAGCAUCAAAUUACAGAAGUUGGGACCAUGAAUCUCUUUCUGUAUUGGCGAAAUGAAGAUGGAGAAGAGGAGCUGGCAACCCCACCGCUAGAUGGCAUCAUUCUUCCCGGAGUGACAAGGCAAAGCAUUUUGGACCUAGCACGCAAGUGGGAAGAAUUCAAAGUGUCUGAGCGUUACAUUACCAUGAGCGAUCUACAAGCUGCUUUGAAGGAAAACAGAGUGAAGGAGAUGUUUGGAGCUGGGACGGCUUGUGUCGUGUGCCCCAUUUCCACAAUAUUAUACCUAGGAGAGAAUUUGCACAUUCCAACCAUGGACAAUGGACCUCAAAUAGCUACCCGGUUUUUGAACCAGCUGAGUGAUAUCCAAUAUGGAAGAGAAGACAGUGAGUGGUCAGUUGUGGUAUCAUGAGCACAAACAGCAGUGAAGAUUCAGACCUUCCGGCAACACAACCAGGCAGGCUGAAGUACCACCGGAACGAUGACCAGUUUUACUGUAGCUCUGCAUAGAGUAGUUCUGUGUUUUAUCACUUUGUUCCUAGGCUGGGAUGGGGGUGAUCAUUUCCAUGUGCCAGGAGGGCGUGUGAACACAAUCAUUUUGAUUUUCUACUGUGAUCUUGCUCUAGAAUAGAAACCUGUCUUCUGGUAGAGGUGCUAGAUGUAAGCAAUAGACACUCCCCUAGUGGAUUCCUUGGUGCCCCCUCGUGUCCUUGGUACAACUGACAGGUGUGUUACAAAGUUCUUCAAUUGCUCUUCAGUGCAAAUCCAAUACUUUCUGAUUUUUUACCGCACACCAAACUGGUACAUGCCGUGCAAUUGCCAAAGGUCUCAGAGAAGCCUUUGAAGUCUCCGAAGCCAGAAUCCUCUAGAAUACUAGCAUAAUCCCCAGUAAUGCUAGCACAACUACUUUUUCUGCCAUUCUGUACGGAGGUAUCUAGUACCUACUAAUAAUAGUGUUGCCAGAUUGCACAAAAGAUGCUAGAUGGUGCCAAGCCCCUCCUGGCAGGCUUCUUUUUGCCUUUCAUCUCCUAGACUUAUGAUAUGUAUAUUGGCAUAACUUCACGCAGUUUCAGUAGGGUCUUGGAUCUCAGAGGGAUAUAUGUUAUUUAUUUUAGGAUUUUUAUUGCAGGGAGGGGGUGUCAUUUUUUAUCCUUUAGGUGGAUGGAUAUUUCUCUUCAUUUUCUAGCAUUCUAUAUGAAUCUCUUUUUUAAUGUGUCCAAUAUAUGCCUUGGUUAAUUAAGCCAGGCUUCAUGGCUACGUAUUUUUCUAAACAAUAAGCAUUGAACUGAGUUUUCUUAUGGUACCUGGGGAUGGCAUACCAUGAGCAAAUUCAGGUCACAGGUUGUUUCUAAUUCUAAGUGACUUCUGCCAUCAUCAUACUAUUAGGUAUUAUAUAGAACUUCAGGUGAUCUAGAUCUGGGUAAUGUCUAUACUGCACUUAAUUGUGCAGUUGUUUUUCUAUUGGUUGUAGAAUUUCAUCCAGCGUUUGGAGUAGUCCCAGCUGGUAGAUUGUGAGAGUUGUAGUCUAAAAAAAGUAACUUUUCUGAGCUCUGGUCAUAUUCCCCAGGCAUCUCAUGCAGUCUAAUUAUGUUUACCAUCCACAACACUACAACAAACAAACAAGUUCAAAGAGCAAAGCUGGUUGUUUGGAUAGAACUUUAGUCUAGUGGAAGAACUGAUCAAGUACUAUCUCAAGCGUUCUGACAUGUUGGAAAAUAUAUAACCGGAUGUGAGCAGAUGCUUGCAUAAUCCAUUUCAUUAUUAUUUUUACUAGCAGCUAGCCGCUAACUAGAGCCAGUUCAAAAUAGUGACCACAGACAGCAAAAUUGUGGUUCAGGGGUCAAUGUCAAUUGCUUUUUGCACCCCGUGAACUUUGCAUUCUAUAUAUGCUAGUACAAAUCUGUAUUACAUGAGAUACUUAUUGGUGCCAUUAUCGCUGCCAUUUUGUUGUUGCCAUUGUUAAGCAUCAAGAGCCAAAUAGACUUGUCCAUCUGUGGCCAAAGGAUCCAUCAAUCUACUGUAUAUUUUGAUCUAUCUUCUAUCCACACUUAUCUAGACCAUGUAGUUCACACCUUAAACCUCUAAUAGGGCUUUUAGAAACAUAUUAAGCAUAGGAACUCAAAUGAGAUGGGAAGUUAUUUAAUCCCUGCUCUUGCAAUAUUUUCUUCUUCUUUUUUAUUGCCUUUUCCCUCUGUCCUGAUCUCUCCCAAUUUUGGCCGAGCUCAUAUCUCUGCAGCUAAUAGCCUUGGUUGUUUUUUCUCCUUUGCCCCACAUGAAUUUUAAUAUGAACUAAGUGAGAUGAUCAUCUCAUGACAGAUUUUUUUUCCUCAGCUAGCUUUAAGACAUCCCUUGCCAAAGAGAUUACUUUAAUACAUUCUUCAGUGCUCUCGCAUUUCCAGUAGCAACAUAUUUAUUAAGUAAAUGUUAUUCUAGUUUUAUGGGGGCAGCAAUUGAAUGAUGCUGGUAAGGUAACCAAUCAAACAGUGCAGAGAAUGGCUUCUCUGUUUUGUUGUUGCACUAAGGCAGGGCUUUGCAAAAUGGUCAGUUUCUUUCUUUCUAUAUACAGGUAGGGUGAAAUGUGUGAAAUUUUCAACUUUGCCUUUUUUUUAAAACAGAACCUACCUCUACCUGGUGAUUUGAUAAAAAAAUCUAGAUAUAUAUUCAGAAUCUCUUAGUCUCUCCUCACCUCUCCUAUCAAUUCCUCAUGGUUCUCUAGAACCAUGACAUGAUCAUUCCCAAACUGUAUUACUGUUUGGGAUGGUGGGAAUGGUUGUGGUAGAAAGAAAGCAUGUCAACAGGCACAUGAAUAAGGACAUCUAGCAUCUCAGGGAGUGGUACUAUAGCACAGUAUUCAUGUUUUUCUUGUGCAAGAACAGAACUGAAAAUUAAGACCAGAAGUGGGUGAAAUGUUGCCUACGAGCCACAUGGCUCAUCCUCUACACUAGCACUACUGCUUCCUCCUGUUCUUGGAGGUUGAUUGACUUCCUUCUUGUGAUCAUGCGAGCACCCUGUAUAAUGAAGGAUGUCCCAGUCCUGGCCCUUCAUUUAGCGUGUACCUGCUGGAUCUGGGGCUGCUCCAUGGCAGAUAUCCACUUUGGUAACUUGCUCAGUGUAGAUGUGGCCUGGCUCUACUAUGGUUGAGAUGACCAAUUGGAUUAUAUAGCCUUGUUCUAGAGUAAUGAGCAAAAGACACCAGGGACAGAUUUCCAUUUCAGAAGCCUCUGUAUUACUUUAUUGAAGCUCAGCUGAAGCAGAUAAUGCCAGACAUUGUAGUGUCUUGUAUUCAUGUCAAGUGAAAAACAUUGUGCCACUUGAGAUAGAAGUAGUGCUGUCUAUUUUUCUUCGUGUAUGUUGUGCUCCAAUCAUUGUUCACUUUUAAUCCAAGUAUUGCUAGCCAAUGGUGGUGUAUCUAGAACUCUCAACUUCCUGCUUGUAAUUGGUCACAUUUUUAGUAAACUGUGCUGUAAAUUUGAUGUUGAGUAGUAAGAUGACAUGACCAAGGCUACUAUCAUAACUGAAGAGUGCCUUUUUACCAGAGGGAGUGUAUUAAGGGUUUCGCCUGGUUGAGACCAAAAUUUUGGUGGCAAAGAUGGCAUCUGAGAAUCCUCUUUGUCACUAUUUCAUUGUAAAAAGGCAAGAAAAUAAAGUUAUUUUUUGGAAAGUUACUUUUUAGAAGCUAUUCGUUAUGUAACGUAUUACAGGGACCCUUCCCCAAUAAUUUAGUGAUGUUACAAGCUUAUUAUAUUGCUUGUUGACCUACUUAAUACUUUUCUAUUACUUACUAGGGGGGGGGGAUAACCCCUUCAAGGAAGCAGUUGAAAAUUUUUUAGCCAAAUUGCUUCUGAAAUGACUAAAAUAUUCAUUUGCAGGGAUAAGCAAAGGAAACUUAAGCCUUUGCUUCACCGCAACUCUCCCCUUCCAACUAUCCUCCUCUCAGCUGUUUGAGCCCCAUCAGGAUUUCUAAAAACUCUUUGCUAUCUUAAGUGGAGAAAUGAGAAAUUGGCUUUAGGGGAGUGGAUUCCAGGUGAAAAGUGAGUCAGGGAAUAAUUUAGCCAUUGUUUCUGCAUUAUCUCCCUCCUCUGCUUUUUUUACAGUGAGAAAUUACAAUUUGGGCUCACAGACCCCUAUGCCUGUGCCGGUGAAAAUGUUUUCUAGUGUCAGAUAUUUUCUUGAACAUAUAAAAUGUUCUGCUUGUGGCAAAGCUGGAAUUUUAAAGUAAAAUGUUUGGUGGUACACUGAGAUAGAGACCUCUAGUUUCCUCCCCUUGUGAAUAUGAUGGAUACCUCCUUCUGCCUGGUUUUGAUUUCAGGGUACUAUGAGCUGGUGGAGAGCAUAAAUAAAGUACCCAGAUCCCUAGUUUCCUCCUUUCUUUUCUUUAAAGUGUUCCCAUAGUAUUUACCAAUUUUGAAGACCCUCUUCGAAAACAACUUGGUAAAUACUUUGGCAGGCUUUCUCACCAGGCCUGGCUUUCCAGUAGGCAGAGAAUAUAAGAAUAUACAGUAGAGUCUCGCUUAUCCAACACAAACAGACUGGUAAAACAUUGAAUAAGCAAAAAUGUUGGAUAAUAAGGAGGGAUUAAGGAAAAACUUAUUAAAGGUCAAAUUGCAUUAUGAUUUUACAAAUUAAGCACCAAAACAUGUUUUACAACAAAGCGACAGAAAAAGCAGUUCAAUACACAGUAAUGUUAUGUCGUAAUUACUGCAUUUAUUACCAAAACAGACAAGAGUUCUUUCUUUCUCCCACCCUGGACAUUAUUCCGGGCGGGAGGCAGACAGUGUUGGAUAAUACAGAAUGUUGGAUGAGCGAAGGUUGGAUAAGUGGAGACUCUACUGUAUUGACUUUAUCUUUGAGAUAGACAGGUUAAAUAGUAUGUAGUGGAACUAUGACUCUCAGAGUCAAAACACAGAGACCUCUUGAUUUGUAAUUCCUGUGGUAAUGCAAAGUAUUUGAGAGUGGCGUUGAAUGGGGGACCUGGGACCUGUUGGUUUUGCAAAAGGCCUGUUCAUGGCAUAUAUCCUGAAAAACACUGGGCACACUAGAAUGAAGUCAUAUUCAAAAUAUCCUUGAUUCAUAGAUUUUUUUAAUGGUUUUGCCAUAACCAUUGUAGACUUUCAUAGUAUCUGUAGUCAUUAUAUGCUGUUCAUUCACUGUAAUUGUUUGUAUAUCCCCUGAUAAUGAUUGAAGGAAAACUAUAAAAAUGUGACAUUGUAAUACAAAGGGACAGAAUUGUUACUAGAUGGGGAUGUUUUAUAUCAAGAUGUAUUUUUGAGUUGUUUAAGUCUGUAUUCUGUGUACAGAUGUUGGAGAGGUUUGGAAUAUCGAGAUUUUAAAGAUGCUAGACUAGGAAGAAUUGCCAAGAAAGUGGACUGUUCUUAGUAUAACUAUGCCAAAGCCACAUCCAAUGUAUUGCUGUCAUAGCAAAUCUUUGACAAGAUACUUCUUGGGAAUUCAACUGAAGAGUUAAACCAGAACUUGGAAAUGUUACUUUUUCAGACUCCAAUUCCCAGAGUUUCCUGGCCAAGAUGGAUUCUGAAAACUGAUCUGCAAAAAUUUUAGGUGGAAUGUAAUUUCAGGGUACAUGGAAGCCGAAGGAGAAAGGAGCCUGUCAUUACCUCCUUCAGUAUGUCACAUUUUCUUCUAUAGAGCACAUUGAAGCCAAUGACAUUUUUGAUACAGUUACAAAUCUGUACUAAACUGCAAAUAUGAACAUGAUUGAGCAGCUCUGUUAGCUAACUAGCUCCAACAGAACUUGGAUCUGUUUGUUUUUAAAUUAGCAUGAUUGCCUUUUCAUUGAUUACCCACCUGGGUUUUUUUUCUUGUUAUCGUUCCUGUUGUCCAAAAAGUUAGACUGAAGUUAUUCAUGUGUUGCUGCUACUAUUGUGCCAUUGAGAAAUACUGGAAGAUGCUGUCUGGUUCACCCAAUUCAGAUGAUGGAAUCUGGAAAUUCUGAGUGAAAUUCAGAUUUUUAAAAACAAAACUGUGCACUUUCUUCCCACUCAGAUGCCUUGGAUAACAACUCACACAAAUUGAUUGGAGAUGAGAUUUCCAUUUCUCAAAAAUUAGCAGUAGAUGUUGCAUUUUCAGCAUCCUGCUGUUUUUAGCACCCACCUUUCUCUUUCCAGUCCCCCGUAUAUUGUCAGUGAUUCUUACUUGGGCAGAAUGGAGAUAGGUUAAUUUUUUUUAGAAGUUUUCUUUUGAAAAUCCCAACUCAUCCAAGUCUUUAGUGCAACCUAGAUUUUCCAAGUGUCUUCUCUACAUCCCACCCCAACCCCCUCCAUAACUUCCAUAUUUGUUGCCAGUACAUCUCUGCUCCUCACUGUCUGCACAAUGCCACCCAUGUGACCUUUCGUCUUUCCUCUCUAAUUGCUCAAACUUAAUACAAACACACCCAUUAAUGGGAGAUUGAAACUCUUACAUUCCACUAAAGCUUAACACAGGUUAUUGUUACUCUGUACCUUACUCUGUUGUGUCAAAGUAAUUAACUGAACUUCAGUUACUUCCUAUUACCAGUUCCUAGGGUGCAUUUCCUUGAGUGCUACAUCUAAAUCUAAAGAUCCAUGAUAAAGUGGUGUUAAGACUAAGGAUACAUCUAAACUGACCACUUAGAGCAAAAGCUGGCAAUAUCAACUGUGCGGCGAUCAGACUAUGCAUGGAGUUAAUCUGCAUAAUUGACCCGCAUUAGCCAAAGUUGUGGGUUGCUCUGAAUUCUCUUCCAGAAUUCAGAACAACUCAUAACUUUGGGCCUAUGUAAACAACUGAGCCGGUUUCAAGAUGGAACUGACUGCAACUGUUUACAUAGCCAUCCCAUGUUCACUAGGUCUGGGUGGAGUUGACACACUGUAUGUCACUGACUUUACCCAGGUGUGACAUGGGCCUUGCCAAUCACUUGUUGCUUGGAGUGAUGUCGGCCAGAGCGAGAAGGUGAUGGGAGAAGCCCCUCACCUUGUUGCUCUGGCACCCUAAUUGAUGUCACUCCAGGCAAUGACCCAACUGGCAGGACACAUGUUGCACCCAAAGACCUCCACAGUGAGAAGAAUGGGAGGUGACAGGGAGUCUGUCUGGCAGUAUAGAACCAGGUUCAGUACCACUGGGUGGUCAGGAUUCCCUCCCUUCUCUUCAGCAGCGGAGAGGUGGCUGCUUAAACCAUCCUGGGAAUGAUCUGGUGUAUGUCACCUGGGAUAAGCUGUCGGUGUAGCUCCAGCCUAAGAGCCCGUGGAGGUAUUGUUGAAGGCUUUCAUGGCUGGAAACACUGGGUUGUUUUAGGUUUUUCGGGCUAUAUGGCCAUGUUCUAGAAGCAUUCUCUGCAGACAUUCCGUCUGCAUCUGUGGCAGGCAUCUGUGGUGUCACAAGGUCUCAGAAUGCCCGCCAGAGAUGUGGGCGAAAUGUCAGGAGCCCAUGGAGACUUUGCAGGUUGUGUAGACUCUUUUCAAGAGAAGUGCUCCAGGGAAAACUCUGGUUUUAAAAAGGAAUUUCUGUAGUCCUUCCACAUUUUGCAGGGGCUACAGGCACAGGGCUAGGUCUUUUUGGGGGUGGGGGAACUGGCUAUAGAAUCACACUGGAGGACCUAGAAAAAUGCCUCAAAAGAAUGUAUUUUUUUAGUCACAUGUAGGGCAGCAGCAGAGGCAGAAUCAUUAAUAAUAAAACCUGCAAACGUGGAGAGACGAUUGCUCUAGAAACUUACCUUGCUCAGUAUAUGAAGCCAUAAUUUUUAACAGUUAACAUAAAGGUUGUAAACAAUUGUUUCUCUAUUUUCUCUGAUGUAGUUGGUACCUAGGCUGCUGUCUGCAUCCGCCAGGCCUAAGUAUGCAUCCAAAUAAGAAUUCUGCCCCUAUGACAUUUUCCUUCACUCCCCAAUGCAGUGACAUAAGGCUUCUAAUGUUAAAGUAACUUAAAACUUUAAUUAAGCAUUUUGAAAUACAGUUAGGCACCCAAAGUUGCAAAUAAUGCAAAAACAGUAUAAAUGAGCAUUUUAAUUGUGAAAAGCUUUCAGUGUUCCAUUCUCUGCAGUGCUAAAAAUUUGGGGACUGAACAAAAAUUUCAUUUUGGGAAUUGAAUUCUGAUUUAGGGGGACAGUGGACCCAUUUCAUUUCCUCCUGUAAUUGCAUUCCUGUAUUAACUCAAGAUCUUUUAUAUUUUUCUGUUUUGCUUCCUUACCAAAUGCCCAACCUGCUUUUCGGCACAAGCACUUUCCAGGUAGACAUCUAGGCAAGCGACUAACAAAGUCCAGAAGAGCUGAAUGCAUGUAUGUGAUACUCACCUCUUCACUCUGUGGCCACUGAGUUUAACUGGAGUGCACUCUUGUGUCUUUGCAAUGUAAUAGAAGAGUAUUUUGUAUCCUGGGUCUGUUUUAUGUAAAAAUUGAGUCAACUUGUACGAGAUGGGGGUUCUUUUGCCUGUUUUUCCAGAUUGUGGUUGCUAAAGGCUCUGGUUUUUAAAUGUCCUUUUUUCCCUUAAAUGUAAAAGAGGUUAACGGAUCACACUCAAACCAGCAGAGUAUUUUGAUAUUGCGUGACAAUCCUAUCGAAAAAAAUAAAUAAAAACUCUACCUUCA